AUGGAGCUAGACUUGUACCUAUGUGUUAUAUGCCAGAGGAAAACCUCAGAAGCUUUAAAAUGUCCUUUGGAAAACCCGCUAAAGAAAGGAAAUAAAAAAGGAGCAUAUACGAAUUUUCUUAAUCACGUAAAGCAGUUUCAAGAUAUUGAUUCUUUACCAGUGAUAGUCAAAUUUGGAUGUGAUGAGACUGCAGAAAACUGGGAAUUUCACCGUGCGUCGUGGCAUAAGUCUUGCUAUGCGAAACUUAGCAGCUGCAAACUUGAAAGAGAAAAACUGAAAACAAAAGGCAGCAGUGAUUGGACAGAAACAAGCUCUCGCGGUAAGCGACAACGGUUGAACAGUUAA